AUGGUUAACAUCAAUGUUGAGAGGAAUAUAUGCGCCGGUGGUUCAGACAAGGGUGGCACCGGUACCUGUAUGGGUGACUCGGGUGGUCCCCUCCAGUGUUAUUCUGGUGAGGAUCUCAAGUGGUAUCAAAUAGGGGUCACUUCAUGGGGUGAUCCCUGUGCUCACGCCAAAGAGCCCGAUGUGUUCACACGAGUAUUGCUGGCUGAAUGGCUUAACCAUAAAUGGGACGAUCAGUGCGGAGGCACUAUAAUCACGGAUAAAUGGGUGCUAACGGCUGCCCAUUGCCUAAUGAAC